AUGUCAAAUGACGCCGUGGAGCUGUUCUGGGCAUUGUUGGAGUCUUCGAAGUAUGACCAGGCGAGAAGCAAUGUCCCGAAGGACUUCAACUGGAACGUGCUUCAUCCUACAAAGAAGAUCACGCUCCUAGUGGCAGCGUGUAGAUUCCCAGAUGAUAACAAAGAGGAAACUGCAAUUCUGAACCUGAUUGAAUGGCUCGUCAGGUCUGGAGCAAGUUUGUCCCAAAAGUGUGGAAACACAACCUAUUGCUGGACGAUGUGGACGGAAGACGGCGAAGAAAUUAGUGUGGACUACAAGGGACAUUCAUUGCUGUCCUAUAUCGAGGCCUGGAAACUGCUAUUUUUUGAUCACAAAGAGAAAAUCCAGACAUGGACUGCAGAGUUGGAGUUCCUGGAUAGAGUCAUGGACAGAGUCGCAAGGGCUUCAAGCGAGCGGCAGGUGAGGCCUAGGGCGUCGGUGGAUGAAGGCAUCCUAGAGAUUUGGGAGAAGUUUUUACAUGCAACGGCUUCACAUGACUUGGACAUUGAAGCUGCGGAUGGGCGUGUGACAGCUCACGCUCAGAUGCUGAUGGAGGCAUCUCCAGUUGUCCAAGCCAUGUUGGUAUCUCCCAUGAAAGAGCGUCAGACGAAACAGAUCAAGUUAAAGGACACCAGUAGCAGUGCAGUCACACUGUUCUUGGAAGUUCUCUACACCUGUUCUUCCCAGGGUGAUCCAGACUACAAAACUGCACUGUCCGCGUUGGACUUGGCUCAUCGAUGGCAAGUGGAAGUGGUGGUCGAAAUCUUGGCGGAUUUCAUUGAAGGUCUCAUAACGGAAGAGACUUUCGCAGCGAUUGCGGAGCAUGCGUCCUUGAAGGGCCUGGACAGGCUGCAGAAGGCUUGCCAGAGCUUUGGACUCGGAAACGCUGCGAUUCAGGAGCAGCUGGGGAAGGGCGACUUCCCUAAGAUUGUUCGGGCCCUCUUCCAGGAGAAAGGUGCCGCAUACCGGGCGGUCAAGAAGCGGAUGCCAGCAGAUCGCGAGAGGAUUGAAGCCCCAAGAUUUGUUGCAGAUACCUUGGUACAUUUGGCUAAACCCCAUUGGUUAGUGCCCCUGUUUGAUUCCAGCGUGGACCCGUCGUUGAUCGAUUCUCUCUGGGCACUUGGCAGUGCAUUCAUCCUGUGGCACUCCUGGCGUGAAGUUCUUUGGGUAUUCCGGGCAUUCUUAGGAGUUUUGUUCUGGUUCUUGUGCAUCUCCAAUUCAACUUUGGAAGCUGUUUCGCACUGGUGGUUGAAUUUUCUAACUGCUCGUUUCAGAGAUCAGUGGGCCACUCCAUCACAGAGUGCAACAGAACAGGAAGCUUUCUUUACCUGGCAGACUAUGGCCGGAGUGGCAGGGGCCGCAGCAGUCUUGCCGCCUUUGCCGCUUGGUACUUUUGUCUUGGUGAGUAGGCCUCCAGAAUGGGACGAGGUGAUGAUAGCUGGUUUCACAGAGGAUCAUACUGUAGCAGUGUGUCGAACCACGACCUCAGAUGGGGGGGAUUGGUCUUGGGUGAUGAUUCAGGUCAAUGGCUUGCAUAUGAGGUUGUCUCAGGUAGCAGCGGAUGGGACUCGUCGUGCCCCGCCUGGUGUGGACGAUCAACGCAGCAAUUGGGUGUGUACCCCGCCUGGGGGGGCCCAGCAAUGGCGUCCUGCAGCAGCGGAGUUGGCGAAUGUGACAGUAGAGGCCAAUCUGAUUCUGGCGCAGUACCGUGCCAACCCAGGGGCAUGGAUGAUCAACCAACCUGGAGUUUCUGGGGACCUGCAACCUUUGGGGGUUCACCAACCUGGCCCUAUUGGCCCGGGAGGAGCCGGAGGAGGCGGGGCUUUGGCACCUGGAAGCCCCGGGGGUGCCGCGCUGGGUGUCGGAGGAGGAUCACCAAGCCAGUCGGCCGACCAGCUUGCACAACUCAAGGCCCUGGAGUCAGCUGUCUCGCAACUUCAGGCCAUUGCUUUGAGCCCAUCCCAUUCCAAUCGCAGCCGGGACAAGGACAAGAGCAAGAAGAAGAAGAAGAAGAGAAAAAAGAAGCACAAGAAGAAGCGCUCAGGGUCAUCGACCUCAUCGACCUCAUCGAGCCGAUCCAGGAGCGGAGGUUCCAGCAGCGUGUCUUCGGGGGAGAAGAAGAAGCCCCUCCGAUGGAAGAUCGACGCCAAGGACAAGAAGGUGCCUUUGUCCAGUUUGACCCAUGUAGAUCAGUUGAAACUGAAGAAGAGGGGGGACUUGGUUUCCUUCGCAGCUCGACAUCCGGGUGCGCUGACUGCCCACUUUUUGGCCAGCGUGUACUCAAGAUUGUCAAAGGGGUCCCUGACGAGGUCUUCCCAGUUGAGGCAAGUCUCGGUAGCAGCCUGGGCCCAACAGUUCUCAGGCCUCACGGAAGUCCGGGACAUGAAGGAGGUGGUGACGUUAGCGGAGAUCCUAGAUGCUGUGAACAGGGAAGAGAUUUCCCAGGCCUUGGAUGUGCUAUGUCAGCGCAUUCUGGCAAUCCAGGCUGCAAAGCAAAAGGGAGGUGCAUCGAAGGAGCGGCUGGGCUUCAGUGAUUUCUACGGGAGGCAGUCGUGGCGCAUGUUUGAAUUCAAGCGUGGUGGAUUUUCAAAGAAGAGCUCCUCCAUGUUGUCACCUGCACAUGUUUUUCCAUUACCUCCUAUGAGUUGGAAGGGACGGAUUUUAUCCCUGGAUGACUGUGGGAAGAAUGAGUUUUUGCAGUGUUUGUAUUAUGGUGGAAAUCUCAUUGUGUCGGUGCUGAAUUGGUUUCACGGAGGGCACCUUGGGCAUCAUGACGAGGUCCUUAGUGCUGCUCACAUGAGGGUGCAUGACAGGAUUGCCAACACCCUCCAGGCUCAGGUGAUGACCGAUGAGCCUGUCCUUGGUCCCCAGGAGAUCGAUGAUUAUUUGAGGCAUUCUCAGCUCUACUCGGGCAGUGGAGUUGUACUAGCUCUAGGAGUACGAGGUGGAGUCCCUGACAAGGCGGCUGAUGUGCAGUUGGCCGAUCACCUGGAGACUUCUUUUCCGGAGAUGAGCCAGCAAGUGCGGAACCCUACCAUAUUGUUGCUGAAGUCCCGGAAACGCCCCAAGCUGGUCAAACGUGGCUACACUUGGUUGGCUCCAUCGUAUGGCGAGCUGGUGCGCAAGAACGUUAAGGACGUCGAUGGGGCCGUUGGCUUUGCGGCCCUCCUAUUGACUUGCCGAAGCCUUCAGGUAGUCCCUAGUGAGUUGCCUAUUUGGAGAUCGAUCAUUGACGAUAUUUGGGCAGUGGAACACAUGGACACUGAUGAUUCACAACUCGUUGGGCCGCAGUGGCUUCAGCGUGCGGAGGAUUGUUGGUGUCUACGUGAAGUUGAGCCCAAUGCCAAAAAGUCGGUCAAUGGCGCAGCAGGCGAGGAAGUUCAGGGCUUGGGCAGAGCCUUUGGUAUUGUCCCUGAGAUGGUGGUGCGGACCUUGGCAAGGUACACAGAUCAUCAAGGGGUGUACACCAAUCUUUCACUUCCUUGGGGUAUAGGGUUGAAACAGCGACAUGUAUGUCCCAUGAGAAAGGUUCGGUUGCCUAUUGAGCGUAUUCGGUGGACAAAAUGUGGGGUGCCGUGGAGAUGCAAGCACAUCACGCUAGGUGAAGCAGAUGCAGCCUGCUGGGCGGCAGAGGAUAGGCUGAGGUAUGAUCCGUCUUCAGCGAAGUCUGAGCGGGCGGAGCUGGCGUCUAGUGAGCCAACCGUUGACAUUGCUGAACUGGGUUGCUGGCCAUCACAUCAGCUAUUUUUCAUUCAUUUGUGCAGUGGUCCCCGCCGAUCUGGUGAUUUAUUGGAUGCUGUGGAGAUGUUGGGUCGUGAACAUGGUUUUGAUAUUCAAGGUCUGGCCAUUGAUCCUCUGGCAGUGUCGCAUGUUUCAAAGGAGGUGAAAGAGUUUAUGCAGCAGUUGCGGCCUGCAACUGUUCAAAAAUACGUAGUGGCGUUGGAAAACCUCAACAAUGAGUUGUUGACACACCAUCAGUGUUGGGGGGAAAUGACCGAAGAGGAACAAGACAACUUCAUAGCAGAAUGGUUGAUAGACGGCUACGAGUCAGGAGCCGGAAAAGCUGAAUACGGUUGGGCGCUGUCAGCAGUGCAAAAAAUCUGGCCUAGACUGCGGUUAAAGACAGCAUGGCGAGUUUUUGACAUCUGGGGCCAAUACCAGCCAGCGAAGCAGGCUCCAGCAGCCACCCCAGAAUUCUUGCAGAGUUUGAUGGCUAUGGCUUUAUUUUUGGGCAAGCCCCAAGUUGCCUGUGUGAUGGUCUUUUGCUACGCAGGACUAUUGAGGGUGAGAGAAGCCUUGUCACUCCGAUGUAAGGAUGUCAUAGCGCAAGCUGAAGCAGUUACUCUAUGUCUAGGGCAAACCAAGUGGGGCAUUGAGCAGAAAGUGGUCAUGCGCAAUGGCUCAGUGGUGCAUUUCACUUUAGAAUUUCUUAGCAGGUUUGCUGGAUCCCCUGAUGACUUUGUGUUCUGUGUCUCUUAUUCCUCGUUCUUACGCUGGGUGAAGAAGCUUUCAUUCUUGCUAGGGGGUGACGGAAUGGUGAUCAGCACUCAUUCCUUUCGUAGGUCAUCGCAGAUUCGCUCUAUGGUCAGCCAGGAGGCCCUUGCCAUGGCGGCUGCAGAGGCGGAACGAUUACAGACCCAGCUCUUGAACCAAGAGGCCGAGGCUGCCAGGUUGCGCCAAGCCUUGGCGGAAUCCUGGGCGGCUCGGGCACCAGGUGAGCAGGAAGUGUCCGAAGGGGUUCAGGAGGAGCUGCUGGGGCUCGAGGGCUACAGGGAGCUCGAGUGGCUGUCGCAGAUGCAGCAAGACGUGCAAGCCGAGGUGCGUAGGCUUCAGCAGCUGGAGAGGACUGAGGCCGCACUGGGCUCGCGCCUGCAGCAAGUCUCAGAGGAGAAGGCGGAGCUGAAAUCUGCCCGAGUGGACUUUGAAGAUUCUGGUAGUGCUCUCAGGGAGGCCAUUGCCUCGCAGAGUGAGGGCUACGUGCGGCGCAUCGAUCACUUGGCCCGGGGACCCAGGGGACCUGUGGGGACAUGUGGGGACCUGGAGCCAGAAUUGGCGCGGCGGAGCGCGGAUCAAGACAGAGUCAAGCUGAUCCAGGAGUGCGCUGAUCUGCAGGCGCAGCUGGAUGCCAUGGUUCCGGUCCUGCGGAAUCUGUCGGAUUUGGAGCAUCGCCAUGGCGCCCUCGAGGCUGCGCAGGGCGCCCUGACCACACAGAGCGCGCGACUGCGGGAGAUGAAUGCAGCACUUGGAGCGCAGCUUCUGGCAGAGAAGGGAGCGGUUCAGGAGGUGGAGCCCACCGCUGAGUCCGUGAUCCGCGCCCUACAGCUGAGGCUGAAGUUGCAGGAGCGCCAAGAAGCUCAAGAUGCGGAGCGCCAGAAGUUGUCGGAGAAGAUCCGGGCGCUGGAAAGGGGCGAACCCCUGCGCCCCGAGCCUGGACCUGGGACCGGCCACGGCUACGGUGGAUCCGGCGCUGCUGGGGGGGCUGGUGCGGCUUUGAAGACAGCCACCUCGGCCUUGAGGGGUGGCAUAGGAGGACCGAUGGAACAAACAGAAGGAUUUUCUUACACCUCCCAUGCCAAAGACGUGGUGCUGUUUCUGCCCUUUGCCUUGGCUUUGGAUCACUUUGACGAGACAUUGCAUCUCAGAGCGCUGCCAAAAACGGUGGAUGCACCUGACCUUUAUCUUGCAAGAUGGGAGUUUCAAACAAGGGCGGACAUGACGGAGGCGUUCCGUGCAGACCAGUUCGACCUGUUCCCAAGCCCCAUCGGAAAGCUCUUGAACGCGCAUCUGGGCAUCGAGUCCUUCGAGGCCACCCUGACGCGUGGUCGAUGGAAAAGUGCCUGGGGCGAAGCGCCUUGGGAGUUCCGGCCACCGGGGGCAGUGCUGGCUACCGCACUGACAGAGCAGGCGGAAGACCCUGGAGCAACUGCCGCAUAUCGAUUUCUGGUCUCCACAUUGGCUGGAUCAAUGUGUGCAUCCUUCGAAGGCAUGAAUCCGGCACUGGCGGCGGGAGAAGAUGAAACGCAGCUCAGCAACAAUGCUGGGGCCAGGCCGCUGCAACUACCAGCUGCCUGGUCCGCCAAAGGCACCAGUUUUCGCCUGGCCACCUUGCCUUACGAACCGGUGUGCACGGAAAACCUCACCCCUUGGCUGAAGCUGUUGCCCUGCGGUCGCCACAGAGGGCUGGCAGCUCUGUUGAGCUCGCUGGUGCUACAAGUGGCUGAAUCGCCCCUGGCGUCCCUGACCCUGGCGGUACAAAGGUCCAAGAGCGAAGCUAGCGUGAGAGCUUCGUUGGAUGUUGUACUGCCAGGCGAUGUGGCCUCCUUGCCUGCGUGGUUGAACAGCUUCGCUGCACGGAAAGUGGAGACAUGUGUUGCCGCCGCUUCCUCAGACGUUGCCUUCUGGUGGCCGGGGACCGCACCAGGGCUGCCUGAAGCGCGACAGACCUACAACGUGCAUGGUGGUCAGGUGGUGCUAGUGCCAACGGCAUCGUUGCUUCAGCAGUCUUCUAUCGCGCAGUUCUUUAGUGGUCCCUGGACUUCUCAGGGUAGUGACAAUCGGCCUCGCGUCAUGCGGGACAUGCUCUCCCAGGAAGGCCGUAGCGAACGAACGCAUGGGCGGUACCUGCUUCGUCUCAGCAAUCCGGGCCGGUCCAGAUACAUACGAUUUCUGGAUCAGUUGCCAUUCUUCAUCAGGCCCCUCUGGCACAGCAUCCGCGCCGUUUGGGUGGAUGCCACAGGUGCCAGUGUGGAGCUUGCGGGUGCCGAGGCGAUAAAGCGGCUGCAGUUGCAGUUCACCGCGUCCGAUGGCCUGCGUUCACCCACCGACUUCUCGCUGUCGCUGGCAUUGAAGAGUGGCGGCUCUGUGAGCAUUUUCCUGGAUGUGUUGAAGAACUUCAUCAACUUCCGAGAAUUUUCCUAUGCUUGCGAGAAGGGCUUUGAUGUGGGCGGUGCUGUAUGGCUCGAUGAUGAAGCUGGCGAUGGAACCAUCGGGACUGUGGGCUUUGCGGCCUCGCUUGGACCGAUGUCUAGCUCAGAGCCAAGACCCUCCUACAGGCUACACUUCACUGAGGGCAUGAUCGUCAUGGUUCCCAUGCCUGACUUCAGCAUGCCUUUUAAUGUCGUUGCAUUGUCCUCAACGGCGGCCACCUUCUUCUUCGGCUCUAUCUUCCGAAUGACGGCAGCAAGCCAUUCGCCUCAUUGGUGCACCAUGCGUGGCACCAAGCAAAAGACUCUGCACCCUCUGCAGGUGAUGGCAUUGAUUCUGCUGGCAGGGUGUGCCGGGCUCAAUGCCCUAAGCCCGGAGAACAUGGCACAACUCUCCACUUUCUUGUCCCAGGCGGGCGAUCAGGGCAAAGAACUCUAUGACCAUAUUGCCUUUGCCAAGGACAAGGUGGACAGCAUUCUGGCCAAGAGAUGA